UCAAUGUAUAAAUAUACAGAUACGCGAAGCGUGCGGCGUCAUUUGUAUUACAAAUAUAGAUGUCGCGAAUUCGCGAACAGUAACCGCAGCGUCUUAAGGAUUUUUCUAAAACUCACGUAAGAACGACGCAAUAUUACAGCCACCUGCAACCAUGGCAGCCACCAAAUUGUCGAUCAUUAUCUUCGGACUAGCGAUUUGGACCCGAUUCACAUUCCUGCAGAUUUCGGCAGCAGAUGCAACUUCCUACAUAGGUGCAGUGGCCGAAUACUACCCAACACGUACGGGCAGAGACGGUCAAAUAAACACUCUCGCUAACGCUGAGAAUAUCGUCACCAUAGUAAAGAAAGCGUCGGAAUACCAUGCAGAUAUUAUCGUAUUUCCAGAAAACGGUCUGGCACCAGGUCUCCCAAAUUAUCAAACAAACAGGACUCAUUUCCUUUCAUACAGUAGCACCAUACCCGAUGCGAACACAGACACACCUUGCACCAACGAUUCGACUCUUGUGUCACCGGCUAUACGGUUGAUGUCUUGCACUGCGAGGUCUCAAAGCAUGUACCUUAUGGUAAAUGUGGUGGAAAUGGAAGACUGCACUGCCACGGGAACAAAAUUCCGACCCUGCCCCAACGACGGUUACUUCUUCUACAAUACAAAUGUAGCAUUCAAUCGAAAUGGUACUAUCGUAUCAAGGUACAGGAAAUUCAACCUCUUUGGUGAAGCUGGUUUGAACGUAACUUCUACUCCUGACAUAUCCACCUUUACAACUGACUUUGGCGUUACAUUUGGUCAUUUUAUUUGCUUUGACAUCCUCUUCAAAACUCCAACAUUGUCUCUUAUCAACCAUUACAACAUUACGGAUAUUCUAUAUCCAACGCACUGGUUCUCUGAGUUGCCCUAUUUGACUGCUGUCCAGGCACAGUCAGCCUGGUCUUAUUCCAAUGAUGUUAAUUUACUGGCGUCGAGCUACAAUAAUCCAGCUACGGGCAGCGGAGGCAGUGGUAUAUUUGCUGGAACAAGUGGACAACUGGUUUCUCUUUGGUCAGAGAAUGCCACAAACACUCUUUUAGUAGCAAAAGUACCAAAGGUAAUUAAUGGAAAACGCAGCUCCAUCAAUUCUGAGGCUACAGUGACCUAUGUAUUUAGUGACAAGGAAAUCAGUACUCUGGUCGAUAUCCGGCCGGUGGCUCAACAGGCCUUGAUAACAGACAUCCUGGAGCCCUAUACCACAAGGAUAUUGGAGUUGACUAGUGGUACAACACAAACUUCAAUGGAACUUUGUGAUCGGGGACUUUGCUGUUCAUUCAACAUAAGCAAGACAUUUAACGCUAAUAAAAUAAACCCAAGUGUCAGUUAUUACAGAUAUCGAAUAGCGGUGUUUAAUGGAGUCAGAACUUACAGCGGUAUAAGGAGUGGUGGAACACAGGUUUGCAGUAUAAUUGCUUGCACCGGUGACACCGUUGCUACCUGUGGUAGGAGGUUUGCUACAUCGACAACUGUUGUCAGGCCAACUACCUUCCACAGUAUUGUUAUCACAGGAAACUUUUCAACUGACUCCAGUAUGUUUCAGAUGCCAGACUCCUUAACCAUGAACAUUCUUCCUUUGAGUACCAAUGAGUUCACCUAUGCACAAGAUGACAUUCCCGAUACUUCCCAUACAACCAUCACUUAUACCUUAAACACUGAGAAAAAUGACCUGUUAACCUUCGCUAUUUAUGGUAGAAAUUUCUCUACCGAUGGACUACCACCCACCACAUCAAGCUCUCUAUUUUCUAUUUAUCGAUUGUCACUUAUUCCUUAUGUAAUCACUAUCUUUUUUGCAGGAAUGACAAUUUUAUUUUCAAUGCACAGAUCUUAGCCAGCAUGAUACUCGGCUGAAAAUUUAUUGUUGUCUUAUGAAUCACUUAAAUUUUGAUUGAUACUGUUAUUCUCAAAUUAACAUGAUAAUGUAAAGUAACUUCAAAUUACUAUAUUUGCCUCACCAAAUAUUAAUUAAAAAUAGUUGUAUUUGAAGAUGCGAUAUGGUUUUUCAAUAAAUAAUUCUGCCACAUGAAAAAUUAUUUCUCCAUUCUAAUAAUUUUAUGUUAUUAUUGAAUAAAUAAUUUCAGAAAUCUUUUGCAUAACUUGUCGUUUCACCUGGUUUCACAAUAG